AAUGUGAAAGUGAAAGCCCAGGAAGAGGUCGAAGCCGAGAUGGCUGCCUUGAGAAAGGCAAACCAGGAACUCAAACAACUGAAAGAACCCUGUGUUGAGGAGCAAGAUGUAGAGAUGGAGAUGAACAAUAGAGAUGUGCUGGCAGUCUGGCUCGAGAUUCUGGAAAAAGAAAAUCAGGAAAUGGAGUUGUUGCUGGAGCAGGAGAGGACUCCCUUAAGGGAUAAGCUUGAGAUUGAAGGCGCUAAAAAGAAGGAAGCGAUGCUCAAAGCAUAUACAGCAGCUUUGCAGUUUCAGCACAAUGUGAAAGUGAAAGCCCAGGAAGAGGUCGAAGCCGAGAUGGCUGCCUUGAGAAAGGCAAACCAGGAACUCAAACAACUGAAAGAACCCUGUGUUGAGGAGCAAGAUGUAGAGAUGGAGAUGAACAAUAGAGAUGAGCUGGCAGUCUGGCUCGAGAUUCUGCAAAAAGAAAAUCAGGAAAUGGAGUUGUUGCUGGAGCAGGAGAGGACUCCCUUAAGGGAUAAGCUUGAGAUUGAAGGCGCUAAAAAGACGGAAGCGAUGCUCAAAGCAUAUACAGCAGCUUUGCAGUUUCAGCACAAUGUGAAAGUGAAAGCCCAGGAAGAGGUCGAAGCCGAGAUGGCUGCCUUGAGAAAGGCAAACCAGGAACUCAAACAACUGAAAGAACCCUGUGUUGAGGAGCAAGAUGUAGAGAUGGAGAUGAACAAUAGAGAUGUGCUGGCAGUCUGGCUCGAGAUUCUGCAAAAAGAAAAUCAGGAAAUGGAGUUGUUGCUGGAGCAGGAGAGGACUCCCUUAAGGGAUAAGCUUGAGAUUGAAGGCGCUAAAAAGAAGGAAGCGAUGCUCAAAGCAUAUACAGCAGCUUUGCAGUUUCAGCACAAUGUGAAAGUGAAAGCCCAGGAAGAGGUCGAAGCCGAGAUGGCUGCCUUGAGAAAGGCAAACCAGGAACUCAAACAACUGAAAGAACCCUGUGUUGAGGAGCAAGGUGUAGAGAUGGCUGCUUUGCGUGAGACAAAUCAGGAACUCCAACAACAGAAGCAGCGUUGUGUGGAGGAGAAGGAUAAAGAGAUAGCUGCCUUGCUGAAGACUAACCAAGAAGUCAAACAACAAAAGGAGCGUUGUCUUGAGGAGAAAUCUGUAGAGAUAGCUGCUCUGCGUGAGAGAAACCAGGAACUCACACAACUGAAGGAGCGUUGUGUUAAGGAGGAGGCAAAGAUGGCCGCCUUGCAAACAACAAACCAGGAACUCAAACAACAAAAGUUGCGUUGCGUUGAGGAGAAAGAUGCAGAGAUAGCUGCUUUGCUGAAGGAAAACCAAACACUGAAGCAAGAGAAGGAACGUUGUGUGGAUGCAGAGAUAGUUGCUUUGCUGAAGAAACAGCUGAACAAACCACCACAGGCACUCUCCGUGGUGAAGGAGGAGCUUGUGGAGGUAAAGGUGGAGUUGGAGGUGGAACAGGAAGUGAGGGUGGAUCCACCUGAGCAAACCAAUGAGCCGAUCCCAACAACGCAGAGGAGGACAACACCAUGGUGGAGAAGAUUCAUCAAUUCCUUUUCUUGUAUCCGCCCAAACAUCAACGAUGACUAA